ACGUCAUGCAGGAGAACUAUGAGACUGUGACCUCGCUGGGUAAGGAUUCAUGUCCCUUCAGUUCUUAUCAGGGGAAAUGAAGAGCUAAGAUUCACGUCACCCCCACAAUGCAACCUCAACUCUGCCCUGUUUCCGCAACACCCCAUCAUGGCAAUGACACACAUACCAGCCCUCUGCCCUCCCCUGCUAUAGAACACUUUGGAAACAGAGCACAGGAGCAGUAUAGCAUAAAGUCUAACAUAAUCAUUUUUGCUAAUGCAAAACUUGGCUUUAGGUUCCAUGUAGGGAACAGAAGUUUCUGGCACCUGGCUGGCAGUCAAACCAUCACCCCUUUACCCUCUCCCUGAGGAUUCCUUUUGAGUCAUUGCCUUCACUUUGUCCUGACUGAACCCUGGAAACCACUAGCACAUAUGCCACCAGGCUGCUGACAAUCUCUGGGACAAGAACACACACUCAUGCACCUUCCCUGAUGCAACCUACAACGCUCAGCAUGAAAAUGAGGCACAUUUGGUCUCUCAAGUUUCAUGUGCACCUCUCUUCAUAUCACAGUCACAGCCCUGCCAAGCUGCUCCAACUAAUCCGUCCUUCAUCAAAUUACAGCCCAAGGUGACACAUUGCACACAGCUGGAGGGCAUGGAGAUAAAUGCUGGUAUUCCAAUCUCUGGAACACAACACAAACAGUGACAUGUUAUUUUAGUCCUUUGUCUCUAUUGUAGAUUUAUAAACUUCUGUGGCCAGAAAGGACUAUUAGGUCAUUUAGUCUGAGCUCUUCUAUAACACAAGACACAGAAUUGCAUCCAUUUACUGCUGUAUUGAGCUGAAUACCUUGUGUUUGACUAAAGGGUUUUCCAGAAAGACAUCCAGUCUUGACUCGAAAGCUUCCUGAGAUGGAGAAUUCUCCACUUCCCUCUGUAGUUUGUAAACCUUUGCACAAGCCUUACUGAAUCUUUCCCAGUGGCUAAUGCCAAUUCCAGGGCUAUGGAAGGGGCAGAGGCAAGCUUGUAUUGCAGUUGUGGCAUGUUCUUUAACUCUUCGUUUCAUAGUUUUCAGAGGUUUCAGUUUAGCUGCCAUGCACAUGCUGAAAGAACACGAGUCAGCACAAGGCAAUUUGAACUUUGAAUGAAUGUAGUUUGUGUGUAUUUAAUUACCUUGGGGUUUUCUUAACAUUAUUUUUCUUUGCCACUAUAACUGUGUCUACCCUAGAGCUUGUGCUAGCAUAACUAUGUUGAUUUUUGAAAUUCCUAACUGACAGACCUAUUCUGGGAAAACUUUUAACUGCAAACUGGGAAAAAAUGUGCAUGUGGAUUUUAGAUCACUUUAAAAUAUUACUCUUAACCCAAACAUUUUGUUAUGAGAGGGCAAAACUUCUUAGAAGAAUAUCUGCAGGAUGCAAGACACACAUUGUCUGAAAGGUAGUAGAGGCAGGGCUUGGUUUCAAAUUCAUGAGUGUAAAUCAGGUUCAGUGGCCACAACACAUCUGCUUGAGCCAAACUACGACAGCAGAUUGCUAGACAUCCUCUAGCAGUUAACAGAGAUUUUGUCUUGCUGCACUAGUGCAUUCAAUGGCAUUGAUUCAUCAGUUUGGCUUGUGCUGUUCUAAAUUCCAAAGUCUAACUUUUUUCACUACUGGUAUCCCAAAGAGGCAGUAGGUGCCAUGUAUUAACUGAGAUAAAUACUAAGUUACUGAGAUCAGUUGGGGGACAAUGAGAACCAUCGUUUCAGCCCCAGCUCUGUGCAAGACAAAAUUACAAGAGCUGGAUGAUUUUAUAAAAAGCUGCAUAAAAUGGCGGGGGGGCUAUAUUUUAGGGAUCUAUUGAUCAAAUAACCCCUUAUUUGGACAAUUAGCUUUUCCCUGAAUGCCCAUGAAAAAUUUGUCCAAUCCGAAUAAACGUGAAUUUGAGAGUAGUUAGAAUAGUUGGUCUUUAAAUAGAAAAUAAUGCUUCCAUUGAGCUAGCUCUUGCCUCUCGGGGAGGUGGAUGACGUAUGCUGACGGGAGAACCCUUCCUGUUGCUGUAGGGAGUGGCUACACUGAAGCACUACUGCAGUGCAGCUACAGUGUUUCAAGGGUAGACAAGCCCUGAGAUACGACAUUCAGUGACACCCCAGUCCCUCCUAUUCCUUACUGCGCUGAAUCUCACCAGCCCAUGCUCAAUGGUCCUGGCUUUCUCUGGGUUUCUCUCUGUGAAUAAGAAGCCUAUCCAAGGUGACUUAUUUUAGAUUAAGUCGUGAUGAAAUUUCCAGGAAUACAUCCAACCAAAAUUGGCAUCCCUAUUCCCAGCAGAGAUGGGGCUAGUUAAAUCCCUCAUAAGUGAGGCUACAAUUUAGUCAUAGAGGCUGCAAAAAUCUAGGAAUCCGUGACUUCCAGAGACCUCUGUGACUUCAGCCUGCAGAGGUAGGGAGCUGUGGAGUACCCCCACCCAUGGGAAUCCUAGAGCUUCCGGCCACCACGGGCGGCGGAGGAAACCCCGCAAUUCCAGGCUGCCAAAGAAAGCCCCUAGCUCCCAUCUGCAGCAAGGAGCGGGGGCCCUGGAGCUGCAGGGGGUGGAGGUACCCUGCCACUCCCUGGCCACUGCAGGUGGUGGGGGAACCCAGCAACUCCACACUGUCGCGGGUGGCAGGGGCCCCCAGAGCUCCAAGCCACCACAGGCAGUGAAGCUCCCAGCUGCUGCAGGCAGUGGGAGACUUGCAGCAUCCAGCUACAGGGGACGGGGGGACCUGGAGCUCUGACACCCAUUGAGCAGUAGGGGCCCCAGAGCUCCCAGCCAGCCAGCAGCUGCCCAGCCAUCACAGAUGAUGUGGGGACCUGCAGAGCCUCAUUUUUUCAGGGAUCUUUUUAGUAAAAGUCACAGACAAGUCAUGACAUCCGUGAAUUUUUCUUUAUUUCCUGUGACCUGUCUGUGACUUUUACUAAAAAGAUCCCUGACAAAACCUUAACCUUACUCAUGCAUAUUUGAUCACCUAGCGAGCUGCCUCCAGGAUUUAACUGGUUAAAAUGGGCUAGGGUUAAAGUAAUAGAAUCUUCUUUGUGAUGAAUGUCCCAUGAAUUCCCCGACCUCUCUUGUUUUCUUUCCCCUGAGCAGGGUUUCCAGUUUCCAGACCUGAUGUGGUCUCCCAGCUGGAACAAGGGGAGGAGCCCUGGGUCCUGGAUCUCCAGGGCUCUGAGGAAAGAGGGAUCCUGAGAGGUGUCUGCAUAGGUGAGGAAUCAUUAAAUCAAUUCCAGAACUCUCAGUGCCUGAAAGAAACAGCUGGGACUCCCUAAAGAGACCCUGUGAGUUCUUGUAGUUUAGGAUUAUCCCCAGAAGGUAUUUUAUCCUCAGGGCAGCUGUCACAAAUGGCUUCCUAUGGCUCCUGAUUGACACCUGGCAGUAGUUCCCUCCCUGAUGGGAGGUGGAGGUAGAAUUGCUUCCCUCCUCUCUCCCCUAUGGAGAAGAGUUUUGGAGAAUUCAGCUACUAGUUCUUUUUUUCUCUCUCCCCAGCUCUAAUUUUGGUUUGUUUUCCCUUUUCCAUCCCUGUUUCUGAGGUUCCUCUCUCUAUCCGAGCAGGUACUGGGAUAGUGAGUGAGAAUGAAGAGCAGAAUCCUCAGCAGGAAGAUGGUGAUCAAGUGGAACCACAUGGGGGAUUAUCACAAAGAUCCAAAGGGAAUGUGUCCAGGCAUUGUGUGCAGGGAAAAACCUGUGAGAGUGAGCACAGGCCAGAGAGGGAGCAGAGAAACCAGCCCACAGAGAAAGAGGGUAAAUCCAUUUACUGUCCAGGAACUCACAAGGACCUCAAGGAAAUCACAGCCCAGCAGAUAAAACCUACAGGAGAGAGAAAAAACACAUACACUGAGUGUGCGAAAAACUUCACUCUGAACUCCACCCUUAUUAGACAUCAGAUGAUCCACAUGGGAAAGAGCCUCUACAAAUGCUGUGAGUGUGGGAAACAGUUCGGUGUGAAAUCAAACCUAAUUAAACAUCAGACAAACCACACAAGAGAGAGAGCCUAUCAGUGUUAUGAAUGCAGGAAAAGCUUCACGCAGUGCUCAUCCCUUAUCAGACAUCAGAGGAGCCACACAGGAGAGAGACCAUACGAAUGCUGUGAGUGUGGGAAAAGCUUCACUGCCAGAUCAGAUCUUAAUAAACAUCAGAGGAUCCACACAGGAGAGCGCCCCUAUGAAUGCUGUGAGUGUGGGAAAAAGUUCACCUGGAGCUCAGCAUUUAUUAAUCAUCAGAGAAUCCACACAGGAGAGCGACCUUAUGAAUGCUAUGAGUGUGGGAAAAAAUUCACCUGGCACUCAGCACUUAUUAAUCAUCACAGGAUCCACACAGGAGAGCGCCUGUAUGAAUGCUGUGAGUGUGGGAAACAGUUCGGUAAGAAAUCAAAACUUAUUAAACAUCAGACAAGCCACACAAGAGUGACAGCCUAUGAAUGCUGGGAGUGCAGGAAAAGCUUCACUCGGAGUUCAUCCCUUAUUAGGCAUCAGAGAAUCCACACAGGAGAGCGACCAUACGAAUGCUGUGAGUGUGGGAAACGGUUCACUGUCAAAUCAGACCUUAGUAAACAUCAGAGGAUCCACACAGGAGAGCGCCCGUAUGAAUGCUGUGAGUGUGGGAAACGGUUCACUUGGAGCUCAGUGCUUAUUAAUCAUCAGAAAAUCCACACAGGGGAGCGACCCUAUGCGUGCUGUGAGUGCGGGAAAAGUUUCGUCCGAAGCUCACACCUUAACAGACAUCAGAGUCUUCACAAGGGAGAUACACAACAUAAAAACUUUGUGCUGCAGUGUCACGUCCCAUCCUCCCAGGCAAGAGAGAUGGCUGCCGUGGGGCCAGCUCAGGUAGGGAUUAUCGAGCAGUUGCUGGUGGGCUCCUGUUGGCAGAAAGGCAGUAAAGCCAUAGGAGGGUUCCCACUUUUCAAACCUGAUGUCAUCUCCCAGCUGGAACAAGAGGAAGAGCCGUGGGCCUCAGAUUUCCAGGGCUCAGAGGAAAGAGAUCCUGAGAGGCAGCUGCAUGGAGGCCUCAAGGAAGCCACGGCCUGGCAGAGAAUCCUGACGGGAGAGAGAAAUAACACGGACUUUGAGUGUGGGAAAAAGUUCAGGAGGCACUUACACCAUCAGAAAAUCCACACAGGGGAGAAACCCCAUGAAUGCUGUGAGUGCGGGAAAACCUUCGCUCAGCGCUCACACCUUAUUCGCCAUCAGAGGAGGCACACAGGGGAGAAACCCCAUGAAUGCUGUGAGUGCGGGAAAACCUUCGCUCAGCGCUCACACCUUAUUCGCCAUCAGAGGAGGCACACAGGGGAGAAACCCUAUGGAUGCUGUGAGUGCGGGAAAACCUUUACUGAGAGCUCGCACCUUAUUUGCCAUCAGAGAAUCCAUAGAGGGCAGCGCCCCUACGGAUGCUGCGAGUGUGGGAAAACCUUCACUCAGCAUUCAAAUCUCAUUGCGCAUCAGAGGAGUCACACAAGGGAGAAACCCUAUAAAUGCCAUGAGUGUGGGAAAACCUUCUCUUGGCACUCAGCCCUUCUAAAUCAUUGGAGGAUCCACACAGCUGAGAAACCCUACAACUGCCGUGAGUUCGGGAAAACCUUCAUUGACAACUCACACCUUACUUGGCAUCAGAGAAUCCACACCCGGGGAGACCCCUAUGGAUGCUGCGUGUUGUGGGAAAACCUUCGCUCGGAAUCUGGCCUUAUUACACAUCAGAGGAUCCACACAGGGGAGAAACCCUAUUAA